UUCAUAUAUACUUCAAUCGCGAAAACCUAGCUUCAUCUUCGCCAUUAGUACUCUCCGCAGCUGCUUGAAGCUCUCUCCAGUUUCUCGCCGCGAUCCCACUUUCUACAGCAAAGAUGGUUCUAUCCAAUGAUUACGAUUUGCUAAACCCACCGGUUGAGCUCGAGAAGAGGAAGCACAAGCUCAAGCGUCUCGUCCAAUCCCCAAACUCAUUCUUCAUGGAUGUUAAGUGCCAGGGCUGCUUCAACAUAACCACUGUUUUCAGCCACUCCCAAACCGUUGUUGUGUGCGGAAACUGCCAGACGGUGCUCUGCCAACCGACUGGAGGCCGUGCCCGCCUCACCGAGGGCUGCUCCUUCCGAAAAAAGGGUGAUUGAAGAACAUACUCCUAGUCAUGAGGUUUUUUGGUUGGAUGUUUUUUGACAUGUAAUGCUCCUUUUAAGACUUCUUGAACAUAUUCCUUGAGGUUAUGUUAUCCUAGUUUUGAAUUGUGUUACAUUGGCAAAUUAUAACUGACCAGUUUUUAUGUGAUAUUUAUUCACAUUCACUUA